CUCAGCAUCAGCAUCCAGCUUCACACAAAGGCAACACAAGUCAGAGCACGUGCGGAUAUAAAUGAGACAGGUCUCUGGAUCUCCAACUGCGCCUCACGAUGAGGGAACUUUUGAAGUUUGGGAGGUGUUUAUCCACCCUUGUUGCCUAUUUAUUUCCCGGCGGCAGCAUUGUGAAUGAGGGACGAACGGUUAAGAAGUGAAUGAAUGGACUUAUAUUUUAUGUAUCAGAUUUAUGAAUGGGCGUCUUGGCAAGCACAGCGCGCUUCAUAAGUUUUCAUGUUCGCCCAAAGAGACGCUGGAUUACAAAUUUGUCUAAACAAACAUCGCCGCAAUUUUAUUUAAACCUGUACUAUUUUUUUCUCUCAUUUACAAAUUAACUCGAAAUCAACUCGAAACCCCUCCAUGGCAGCUGUAAGAGCGCGCGACUGAACUGGCGCACUACCCGCAGCUGCUCGGUGUCUGGAUGCGCGCGCUGCGCGAUAGAUACCCGUGGCACGGAGGACUGGACCCCUCACCGCUGCCCUGCGAUGAUGAACUGAGGAUGGUGGAGGGAACGGACGCCCCUUUGAGGAACAUUUCGACAGGAAAUCAGGACAGCAAGUACCUCUCUUUCCCCUGGGUGGUGACUUUACUCUCCAGUGUUCUGAUCACCACGAUUAUAGUAGAUGUUCUGGGCAACCUGUUGGUCAUUGUAUCAGUCUUCAGAAACAGAAAGCUCAGGAAGGCAGGUAAUGCCUUUGUGGUGAGUUUGGCGAUAGCAGACCUGCUAGUAGCCAUCUACCCCUACCCACUGGUCCUAACUGCCAUCUUCCACGACCGCUGGAUCGCUGGUGAUAUUCACUGCCAAAUCAGCGGCUUCCUCAUGGGGCUCAGCGUGAUCGGCUCUAUUUUCAACAUCACAGGUAUCGCCAUCAACCGCUACUGUUAUAUCUGCCACAGCCUUAAGUACGACAAGCUCUUUUCCAACAAGAACACAGUAUGCUACGUGGUGCUGGUCUGGGCGCUGACUAUCCUGGCAAUCGUCCCCAAUUGGUUCGUGGAGUCUUUGCAGUACGACCCACGCGUCUACUCGUGCACCUUCGCCCAAUCGGUGAGCUCGCUCUACACCAUCACGGUGGUGGUGGUACACUUCAUCCUGCCCAUCGGCAUCGUCACAUACUGCUACCUGCGCAUCUGGAUCCUCGUCAUACAGGUCCGCAAACGGGUCAAGCCCGACAGUCGGCCCAAGAUCAAGCCUCACGACUUCCGAAACUUUCUCACCAUGUUUGUGGUGUUUGUGUUGUUCGCUGUCUGCUGGGCUCCGUUGAACCUCAUAGGCCUGGCAGUGGCGAUCCACCCUAGACUCGGUCAAGCCAUACCCGAGUGGCUCUUCACAGCCAGCUACUUCAUGGCAUACUUCAACAGCUGCCUAAAUGGUGUUAUAUAUGGAGUGCUAAACCACAACUUUCGAAAAGAGUAUAAAAGGAUUGUACUUGCUAUUUUCAAGUUUAAUUGUUGAGUUUUCACAAUGAGACAAGCACUGUGUCUUUCUUAACAUUUGUAAGUUAUUCAAAUGUAAUGAUGCAUCUUUUGUCAUUUGAAUGUUUGAAUUUUGUUAUACCAAAUAUGGUCAUAUUUUGAGUCACUGUAUGUACACGCUUAAAUUUGCACAGAAUUAUAUAUGUUUGAACUUGAGUUUCUUGUUUACAUUAUCAUUAUCAAGUUCUUAUUUAAAUAUUUAAUUGGCAUCUACAUGUAAAAGAUGGUGUCCUAAAUCUAAACAAAACCCUUGAUAAAGACUAUUUUUAAUUAAAAUAGUGCUUGAAUUGAUUUAAAAUCAAUGUACUGAUUUUGUUGAAAAUUCAAAUGCCUGAAAAUGUUUAAAUAUAAUACAUUUAUAUUUAUAUAUUAUAUUAUAUUAUUACUAUUUAUUUAAAUAUUUUCUGAAAUGCUAUUGCUUUAAAACAUGUCAUGUGAUUUUUUUUUAAUGCUGUCUCAUUUACAUGUUAAAUAUUUGAUUCCACUGGAUAAAGAUCUAGCAAAACAAUUAGUGUUAAUGGAGCAUGUCAAACAAGUUAUUAGGAGAAAUGUUGAGAUAAUUUUCAGGUUAUAAUUAAGUUCUACAUAUCAUUUAAUCUCAAUUUAAUUAACUCCAUUAAAUCAAUUUUAUUAGGGUGACAGAAGUCCCAUAUUUAGAGAGACUUGAUAUUUAUUUCUUAAUAAGAAAAUAUAUCUAUCUUAUGAAUGAAUUAAAGUAUGUAUUAAUGAAGAUAUAGGAUAUAUGAGAUUUGAAUAGAUUACAUUUAUGAGCAUAUUUUUGCUGAAGUAAUAGGGUUAUGCUAAAUGAAAUUACCUCAAUUACAAAAAAAGAGUGUAUGAUUUAUUCUAAAUUAUUUCACACAUAUAUAUAUCAAUACAAAUGAACUGAUUCUUGAAUGUUUCAAAAAUGCACAAACAAUAUAUUAAGUGUUCCAAUGGAAAACACUUCCAUGCAUCCUACAAAUAUUUGUGUUUUUGUGCGUAAAGGUGGUUGGAAAUCAUAAAGUGUAAUGCUGUUUUAUUUGAAAUCUCCACUCUGCACAUUUUUCUGAUCAAAUAUUUAUUAAACAAUCAUAUUUUUAUAUGUUGACAUUCCUAUGAAUGCACCUGGAAUCUGAGUGCUGCAUUCAUUCCCAGAACAAUGUUUAACAGAAAUUAAGUCCUAAUAAAAUUUGAUCACUGUGCAACAUAAGAAAAUAUAUGAAAUAUUCACUCCACUGUGGGGAAAGAAUGCUGUGUUUUACUUAGAAGUAAAGAAACCUUUUCUGACAUAUGGUUGUUUUCAUAGAUGAACACCAGAAGUACAUGCUUGGCAAGAUGUAUGUUGUUACAACAAAGAAUAAAUACUCACAAGUCAACACACGUUAGAAUCGAACCCUUGCCCAGGGCAGUUUUCUUCAUGGUGUGCUGCCAGUCAUCAUUAACCAUUCAGAGCAGGUUUGACUAUAGAUCUCUGACAGGGAGCUUUGUGGGUCAGAAAGGACAAAUAGCUUGUAGAUGGUAGAUUUAUGCCUCAGGGCUUCAGAAUAAAACAGGGAAACGUCACACAGAUGCUGAAGCUCACAGAAAGCCCAAAUCACAGUUAAAGGUAUCCUACAACACUGCUUAAGCUUUGCUCAA